AUGGUUGAAACCUGUGAAGAUUGCCGAGGCUUUUAUGUAUUCCCCAAAAGCCCUUCCUUUACAAUCUCUCCUCGUACGGUGGACAACAUCACAGUUACGAUUAAACUGAGACCCGGUGUUUCACCAAGCUGUCAAAUUCGUGUUAAAAAUGUCAUCAGGUCUGAACUCAAGAUAAAGCCUGGGCAGAAUGUGACUUUUACCUUCACUUGUAGUACUCCAGAGAAACAUUUCAUCAUGGAAAUUCAGAAAAAUAUUGACUGUGUGUCAGGCCCAUGUCCCUUCGGAGAUGUUCAUCUUUACCCACCGGGGCUACCUCGCCUUAACAGGACUUUCAUCUGGGACGUGAAGGCGAGUACAAAAGCUGGACUUGAACUGAAAUUUUCUACCCCGGGGCUAAGACAGAUUGAACCAGGAGAGAUGUGCCCAGAUUUCGUUAGCUACAACAUCAAUAGCUGUAUCGACAUGGCCACGGUCAACAUUGGCACCUUCUGCAGGAAUGGCUCAGUGUCUCGCGUCAAGCUGCUGGGAGGAGUUGUCAUGUCUCUGCACCUCCCGUGGGACUCGCCUCUCACCACCUCAGGCUUCAACAUAGCUAACAGGGCUUCCAUAAAACGGUUAUGCAUUAUUGAAUCCAUUUUGAAGGGGGAGUCUUCAAUCACCCUGAUGUCCCCAAACUACCCACUGGGCUUUCCAGAAGACGAGCUCAUGACAUGGCAGUUUGUGGUUCCUUCCAACAUGAGAGCAAGCGUGUUUUUCCACAACUACAGCCUUUCCAACUGCGAAAGGAAAGAGGAGAGGGUAGAGUACUACAUCCCCGGCUCCCUCAGCAACCCGGAGGUGUUCAAACUGAGUGACAGCCAGCCUGCCAAUAUCGCUGGCAGUUUCAACCUGUCCCUCCAGGGCUGCGAUCAGGAUGCCCAGAACCCAGGCAUCCUCCGCUUGCUCUUCCAAGUCGUCGUUCAGCACCCGCAGAUUGAUGAGAAUGUCACCCAUUUGGUCGACCUGAGCAAAGAGUGGAAUAUGACUGUAACGAUACACUUCGAAGGGUGGCCCAGACACGUCCCGCUCAUGUCUGAACCAAUAUGCCUGAUCUGUAAGGAUCCUCGCACCUGCGACCGCGUCUUGACUUUAGUGUCUGGCACGGUCUACAAGAUCUCCUUUCUGUGCAAGGACUUGUCCCGUCUGAGGAUCACAGCUGAAAAAGGCAUAAGCUGUGUCGAUCUUCGAUGGUGUCAGAGGAAGAUCUAUUCCCUUUCAGUGCCCAAGGCUAUUACGCAACUGCCAAUUCGACUGCAUAAGUUUAUUUGGAAGCUCUUGGCUCCCGAUCUGAUCAACAUAGAAAUUACAUCUCCAUCCUUAAAACUUCAGCAACACGUCCCAGAGCAGAGGUGCAACACAAGCUAUAGUUACAGCAUUGCUAGUGGCACCCCAGAGACAGAGUUGAAUGUUGGUGUAUUCUGUCCUGGUGGAUCCAUUGAAAAGAUUCAGAUGAGGAAUAAUAUCACCAUAUCCUUAAAAACAUUUAGUAAAGGAUUCCUCAAUGAGUCUAACCAUCAGGAUCUGAAAAUGUCUUUUGUGCCACAUAUUAAAGAUGAGUGCACUUUCACUGUGAGUCCAGAUCCAAAAGCUAAAGUUUACUUGCAGACUCCUAACUGGCCUUAUGGUCUACCUCCUUAUGUCUCCAUAUCCUGGUACAUCUUGGUGCCCAGCAAGCAAGUUGCCCGCCUCGGGUUCUCCAAGGACCGCAUGGGCGUUGCUUGUGAGACAGGCCGUGCCUAUGUCAACAUAAAGGAAGAGACAUUGGGGGCAGAGGAGACCGUGUGCCGUGAGGAUGAGUUUCUGCCCGAGCCCCGAAAUAUGUAUCACAACUUUUGGGUAAAUGUCUCCAACUGUAAACCUGUGGAUAAGACGCAACUGACCUUGCAGUUCUGGGUGACUUUUGCUGACAAGCAGAUAGACCUAGGAGUCAUACUUGCUGUGGUGGCUGGGGCUGGAGUUCUCACAGCUAUUGGACUGACUGUGUGCUGUGUUAAGAAGAAGAAGAAGAAAAACCAGAACCCCAUGGUGGGAGUGUACAAUCCUAAUGUGAAUACCCAGGUGCCUGGGAAACAAGGUUUAUUCACAAAAGGGAGGAAAAACAAUGAGUCUCAUGUCUAUGCAGUUAUUGAUGAUGCUAUGGUCUAUGGGCACUUGCUGAAGGAAUCCAAUGGCUCAGUUGCUCCAGAAGUUGAUGUAUACCAGCCUUUUGAUGGACCCAUUGGUAGCUUGCCACCUUCUCCACCUCCAUUAUACUUCAGAAAAGACGUUAAACACUCUUCUAAUGCUGAGGAACCUCCACCUCUGAUGGACACAGACCAUGACACUUACACAUUUGCUCAUCAGAAAUCAGGGCAAUCGGAGGACAGUGGAGAUACAAAUGAAAAGAAUAACAGAGAUAUGAGCGUGUCCUUGCUGGAAAAUAAGGAACAGGAUGGUUUAGUGGAGUAA